AAAACGCGCUCUACCCCGAAAGGUGUAACGGCAGCAGCACCGAGGGGUUGUUUCGCAAAAGAAUCGGAAACACAUCGGUUCCCGGGCCGGGAGUUCGUACCAGGGCAGGCCUUCUCAGUUUGUGUGAAAAGGGUUUGGGUAAGACAUCAUCGUGGCGAGGUGUCAUCCUGCACGCGACUUUGGCUCACUACCAGCAGCACUACCACCGCACUGACAGUUUGACUUUCAUUCUAUUCUGGGACACGGUAAGGGUCGUGUCACGGAUCGUUGUCGCGCGCGCGUUCUCUCUCUCUCGGGACCCAGUGUAUCCAACCGUUUCUAGUGCGCUGGUGUUUACUGCACGAGAUCACGGAGCAAGGCAAGCCACAGCAAACAACACCAGGCGAAGCCAACGAGAGAUAGAGAGCCGUCGUGCGAAGCGUGCACUGCUGCGGGGUGAACCCAGCGACACAGUGGCGAAAACCCCUUGCCCAAACCCGACUGUCAGUGUCAGUCGAUCCCGCGCGGGCACAACACAGCAUCCGAACGUUGGCCGGGCCCGAGGAAGCAUGCGAAAUCAGGUUACAGUGCGUGACGGCGGUGGAGGGCGUGCGCACGUGCCGCGCCGUACCGGGAUGCUGCUGGCGGUGCAACUGUUCGUCACCGGGCUGGUGCUGCUGACCGUCGAUCGUACCGCAACCGCAUUCAACCUGGAAACAAUCAACUACAUCCUGCAGGAAGGCGAACCGAACUCGAUGUUCGGCUUCAGCGUGGUGCUCCACCGGGAACAGAACAAGAGCUGGGUAAUUGUGGGCGCACCGACCGCCAACACAACGCAGAACAACGUCAUCGAAGGUGGUGCCGUGUAUCGCUGCGACAUUUACGACGAUCACCGGUGCUUUCUGGUGCCAUUCGACACGCAAGGAAACAACUUUAACGACCAAAACGAACAGAUUGAUACGAAAUCGAACCAGUGGUUCGGUGCAACGGUAGCCAGUGCCGGAAUUGAUGGUCCGCUGGUGGCUUGCGCUCCACGCUAUGUGUUCCAUCAGCUGCAGCCGAGAAAGGUGGAGCGUGUCGAACCAGUCGGCACCUGCUAUCUGGCCAAGAAGAAUAUGCAAGAAUUUCACGACCUCUCACCUUGCCGAACAGCCUACUGGGGUUACCAUCGACAAGGAUCCUGUCAGGCAGGUUUCAGUGCCGCCCUCACGAAGGACGGUUCGCGUGUGUUUAUCGGUGCACCGGGCAGCUACUACUGGCAGGGACAAAUGUAUUCCAUUAACACCGACGUUGUGUUUCCCUAUAAACCCCCGCGGUAUGGUCAUUUUGGCGAAGGAGGCCAGAUAUAUUCGUUCAGUCUGAACGAUCCGAAGGAUAAGGUGUACAAGACGCUCGAGGACACGAAGAAGGAGGAUGACAGCUACCUGGGAUAUUCCUCCACGACGGGCGAUUUUAAUGGGGAUGGUACGCAGGGUGUGGCGGUAGGCAAACCGCGCGGUGCUCAGCUACUGGGCAAGGUGUUGAUCUACUCCUGGAACAUGACGAACCAGCAGAACAUAACGGGUGAGCAGAUCGGAGCGUACUUCGGCUACUCGCUGGCCUCCGUCGAUGUGGACGGUGAUCGGCUGGACGAUCUGAUUAUCGGUGCGCCUAUGUACACGGAACCGAACAACGAGGGCAAAUAUGAAACGGGCCGGGUAUACAUCAUGUACCAAGGAUCGGUACCGUCCGGUCGCUUCCGUGAGCUAGACACACGGGACGGCGUGAACAGUAAGGCACGGUUCGGAUUGGCCGUCUGCUCGCUGGGUGAUCUGAAUCUGGAUGGGUACGGUGACUUUGCGGUCGGUGCACCGUAUGACGGACCGAACGGACGUGGUGCCGUCUACAUCUUCUACGGCUCUCGCACCGGCCCGCUAGCUAAGGCGUCGCAGGUGAUUCAGGCGGAAGAUUUGUCCGUUGGAACGCGUCUAUCAACCUUCGGGUUCGCUGUAUCCGGUGGGAUCGAUCUGGACGGCAAUCAAUACCCGGACAUGGUGGUCGGUGCGUACGAAUCGGACAAAACGUUCGUCUUCAAGGCACGCCCGGUGGCGGCGAUGGAGGCAAGCACACUGUUCGGCACGGAACGGAAACUGAUCGCGCUGGACGAACGCAACUGUACGGUGGUGCAGACGCAGAAGCUUGUCGCCUGUACGGUGCUGCAUUCCUGCCUCAAGUACAAAGGCAUCAACGUACCGUCGAUGCUGGACAUCGAGAUCUCGUGGACGCUGGACGCACGGAAACCGCGCAAUCCGCGCAUGUUCUUUCUCGACCAGGACAGCAACAGCAACCGGACACUGUCGAUGCGGUUGACGCGCGACAAGCUCGAGUGCCGCAGCGAUACGGUGUACGUGGCGGACAACAUUCGCGACAAGAUCACACCGCUCGAGGUGGAGAUGGCGUACCGGUUGCGCCAGAACACGCAGAACCGUCAGCGCAGACCGCGUGCCAACGUGGAGCCGGUGCUCGACCAUAACCGUGGUACGGUACAGCGCGACACAAUCAACAUUCAGAAGAACUGUGGACCGGAUAAUGUGUGCGUGCCGGAUCUGCGCAUGGAGGUGAAGUCGGUCGAUGACUAUCUGCUCGGCUCGAACAAUCUCCUCUCGGUGGAGGUGUUGAUCACCAACCGGGGUGAGGAUGCGUUUGAGGCUGGGUUCUACAUGGCCGUACCGAACGGGCUCGAUUUUCGGCGCGUCGAUAGGCUCGGGGAGGUGAAGGAUGUGCCCGUGCUCUGUACUGCACCGUCCGCUGCGACCAAGAAAACGCUCAAGUGUGACAUCGGUAAUCCACUGUCGAGCGGUAAGGUGGUCCAUUUCAACGUCAUUCUAGCUCCAUCGUUCUCCGCCGGUAUGGGAUCGAGCUACGACUUUUAUCUGGAGACUAACUCGACGAACGCCGAGGUUGAGGGCAGUCAGCACGAUAAUGUAGUGCGCAAGAGCAUCGGUAUCCUGGUGCAGACGGACCUGUCGAUGUCGGGUGUUUCGCUGCCGGAAGAGUUCCUGUACAAUUACAGCGAGUAUCGUACGCUCGAGGAGGCACGUACGGAGCGGGAUAUUGGACCGCAGGUGGUGCACAUCUACGAGAUCCGCAACGAGGGUCCGUCAACGAUCGAUGAGGCCGAGUUUUUCGUGCUGUGGCCAUACGAAACGCUCGACGGUGUGCCGCUCAUGUAUCUACUGAAUCAGCCCGAAACGCACGGUAACAUCGAGUGUCUGCCGACGGAGUAUGCGAAUCCGCUGAAUCUGGCCAUUGACAGUGCGCUUGCCAGGAAGAGUUUUCUCGAUAAGGUUGGCGUGUCCGGUACGAGUUUCUCCUCCACGAUGGGCCGUACGACCAAGUUUAGCGGUGUUUCCUCCAGUGCUCUUGGUAGUGAUGGUGCGGCUACUGCUGGCAGCGGUGGUGGUGGUGCGUCAUCGAUUUCCUUCCAUUCUACUACUGGAUCAAGCUCGGGUCGUAGUGGUAGUAGCAGCAGCGGUGGUGGCAGUAGCAUCAGCAGCAGUAGCACCAGCAGCGGUGGUAGUAUGAGUGGCAGCAGCAGUAGUACCAGCAGCAGCAGCUAUAGUAGUAGUAGUAGCAGCAGCAGCAGCAGUAUGGGAAGUAGCAGUGGCGGUGUGAAUGAGUCAAGAUAUUCCUCCUCGGCUAGAGGAUCAUCGUCUGCCGGUGCGGAAGGAUCGAACUAUCGUCUUGUCUCGGGAGGUGGUUCGGAACGGCGCUAUCAAACGGAGGGUAGUGAUGUGAUUGCUACCGGUCGCGUACACGGCGAAUAUGGACAGGCUCAGGGCGAUGCGUACUCCCGGCAAGGGUACGGACAGCAAGGCUCGCAACAAGGCGAAGCCUACCGGCGUCAGCAACAGCAGUACGAAGGAAGGACACGCGUUACGGAUGCAGGUUAUGGAGCUGCUGCUGGUGGUGCCGCUUCCGGUUUUGAUGUUGCAUCGAGCAGUAGUAGCAGCAUCAGUGGUGGUCGCAACGGUACCUCAUCGUCGGUGGUGUACUACACAUCGAAGAAUCGCACCACCUACCGCGACGAGGACGGUCGUGUCCAUGUGUCCGAGAGCAGUGAGUACCACCGGAGUAACUCCGGUCUUGGUGGCGGUCAGGGUAAUCUAGCGUUUGAAGCUGGUGCCACAUCAGAUGCUGCCUCGGGUUCGUCCACACGUCGCCGUAUGAUGAGCCAGCAGGACGGUGAUGUAACCCCAUCGCGUACGGGUCUCAUUACGGAGUUCAUGAACUUGGGCGAUUACACCGGUUCCGGUGUUGGAUCGACGGCCAGUCACGAUCUGAACCGGUUGGAGAACAAGUUCCGCACGGAGUAUUCGCAGCAACAGGUUGGCGGUGGAGCAUCAUCCUACCAUGCCGGAUCAUCGUCGUCAACGUCUUCCACGUCCGGGCGCCAUACACAUUACACCAGCCGGGAGCAUCAGCAUCAGCAGGUAGAAUCGGCCACGUACGCUAGCAAUGCGUACAACGGCAUAGCGGACGAUCUGGACCACGAGGAGGACGACUACGAUUCGUACGAUCGCAGCGAGGAGGACAGUUACGUCGAUCCGGUGCAUUCCGGUGCGUCAGGAAACCGUCGCACGUACCCGCCCGGCUAUGGGCUACCGCAUCUGAAGCAGCAUCUUAACCAGGGACACGAGAACGUAGAGCAAAAGUUCCGCUACUAUCAACGGUUCGAUCGCCAGCGGCGUCAGGCACCAGGGAAGGAUGAGUCGGACCGGGCACUCGAGGAAGCACUCCGCUGUCACGCCACACGCUGCGCCAUCAUUCACUGUAAGGCGGGCCCGAUCGGUAACAAGGAUGUGGCGUUCAUCGCGCUGCGUACGCGUGCCGUCGCCCACACCUUCCAUCAGCUGUCCGGGUCCGAGUCACUCUACUUCUCCACGAUGAAUGUCGCCCGGGUACUGAAGCUACCGUACAUCGGUGAACCGAAGGACAAACCGAUCAAGACGCACGAGAUCAAGGUGCUGGCUUCACCGGAACGGCUUGUCAAACCGGACGUGGUACCGCUGUGGAUUGUCGUGCUAGCUGCCUGUGCCGGUGCACUCAUACUGCUCCUACUCAUCUAUCUACUGUCGAAGUGUGGGUUCUUCGAGCGUAAACGUCCAACGGACUCGUCCGAACGGCAGCCAUUAAACCGAAACGGUAACUAUCAUGGCGACGAACAUCUGUGAGCUCCCUUCCCACACUUCCCACCCCCCUCCAUUUCUCCUCGUUCACCUCCCCCCAACUGUGUUUCCGGAAUGGAGGAAAAUAUUUGUAGCGGCACUAAAUCCAUCACUGACACUGUAUUUUGACUUUCUCUGUCCCUAUUGUACGUUGCAGAGUAAGUGCAAAACUGCUCCAGUGACUGUGUGUGUCGGACACAGCACUGAACGGGGAAGUAUACACACGUCACUAGUGACAGCUGUCAUAACCGAGCACCCAAUCUGCAUGGUAAACGGUGUUAGUGUCGCGCCAGAAGCGACGAAGAAGAGGAGCGCUACACGAGUGCGCGCGUAAGCGUAGUUGUGAGAACAGUUGUAAAGCAAUGUUUUCUGUUAUUGACAGCACUUAAUCAACUAGUCAAAACGUUUUGUUGGUGUGCAAAAAAAAAAAAGUGUCGCAUGCAGUUAUCGCACCAACAACAUUAUCUCAUUAACAUCAUCUUUUGUAUUAUGAUUUUUUUGUUUUUGUUUUUGGUUUCUCGUUUUAUACCACUCGCCAUAAGCGGCCAUUUAGGGUUUGUCGGACGACUGAAGUCAGUUUUUGUUGUACAUGUUUUGACGUUUCGAGCCUAAAAUGCUUCUAGCUCUCUAGAAUGUUGGUUAUGUUUUUGAAUCAUGUCACUCAUGAUCUAGAAAUUUAAGGAUCUUUUUUGUAAAGAAAAUACAAACAAAAACAAAUGUUAAAUGUCACUCCGAUAUACAUUUGGAAAGUUGCAAACAUACAAAGGAGUGUUGCAUUCAGUUAGGGGAAUUUUUCAAUUGCUGAAGCCUGAGGUUUGUCAUAGACCCCUAUGACUUAGAAAAAAACGCUACAAUGGGGGCUAGUUUUGGCUUGUCAGUUUGUAUGGAUCGCUAGGAGUAUUUUAGCCUUUAAACGUCUAAAACACAAAUAACUGGCCUUGGUCAGCCAUAUAGACCCCCGAUUGAUGGUUUUGUGUUCAAUUCAUGUUUUUUUGCGUUUAUAAAUCAAAACACUAAAGCAAAAUGGUUUGCAAAUAGCUACAUUUAACCACCGGUGUUAGAAUACACCCUGUACCGGGUGACGCUAUUAGACAGUGGUAGGUAGUACGUAGUCGACGCCGCCUGACGAGUGGACAGUUGUGCGAAACCAUAUGUAUCUCGCGUUAUACUCACCAUACUAACACAUUAACAUCUCACCAUUCGCGUGCGUUUGUAUGUGUGUUUUUAGCGAAGACUGACAGAUUCCGAUCGACAAGGUGACAAGAUGGCUGCGAGCCGUUGUUGCAGAACCGUUCGAACAAACGAUAGGUGAACAAAGCAAAGAAGGAUGCAAACGAGAAAAAAAGAAGAAGGAUUAAUUAAACAAAAAAAACGUGCCUUAUGUGAACUACGUGCAGCUUGUAUGCAGGUACCGCAUCUCAUCUCAAUUAAAGGACACGCCGUGCCGACACGUGUCGAUAACAGAUAUAGAGUUAGAGAGUUGUAUUAAAAAGUAAAAAAAUGACGGAAAGGAUACACAGCAUAUUUACAAUUUAUGACUUUUUUUUAUUUGUUUCCCUAGCUAAAUAAUUGUUGAGACACAUCAUUAUCAACAAGAACGUUAUAAUACUGAUAAUAAUAACUUAACCUGCGGAAUGAUGCUGCCUUAUCCCGUGUUUUUUUUUUUUUGUAGUAGGAAUAUGUAACACGUUAUGAAAUAACAUUUAGUAAGUUAUUAAUAUCGCAGCUAAACGUAGGGGAGGGGUUUGUUCGCUGCGUAGUCAAUUUUAUUUUGUUUUUUUUUGGUGCCCCGCCAAACACGCUGGGCAUGAGGGUCGCCCUCCCCCAACAAACUCCUCCUCAGCCCUCCCCCCCCCUCCCCCUUAAAAACCCGUGCCCUUCGUCUGUGCCUUCUCUACAAAUCAUGGAACAAAAACAUUUACAAAACAUACAAACGAAUGGAUAAUAUUUUAUAGUAGAGCGUAUAAUAACGGCCAAAAUCGUUCUCAGAUUAAUUGUAUAAUGUUUUGUUAUGUAUAAAAAAAAAUAAAACAGUGGACAAAAAAUAAAUUAAUGAUAAUGUGACUUAAGAAGAA